AUGGACCCAGUCACCCAUUCCGCCAACAUUGACGAGGAGCCGGACGCAGUUGAAGUUAGUAAGGCCCCAGACGGAAUUACCACCAUUACAAUCAAUCGAGAACACCGUCGGAAUGCUAUCGAUGGCCCGACGGGCAAGAAGCUCACAGAUGCAUUCUUGGACUUCGAGAAUGACCAAGAUCAAAAGGUCUGCGUCUUCUAUGGCGCAAACGGGAAUUUCUGUGCAGGAUUUGAUCUUCAUGAACUUGCCAAGUUUGCAGACCCGAAGUCUGAUUAUACGGGCCCUCGGGUUGGCAAACAUGAGCGUGUUGAGGGCCGCAGUAUUGGACCUAUUGGACCCUCCCGUAUGCAAAUCCAGAAGCCCGUCAUCAGUGCUGUUUCUGGAUAUGCGGUCGCGGGUGGACUGGAGCUGAGUCUGCUUGGAGAUAUUCGUGUCGCUGAGGAGGACGCUAUCUUUGGCGUGUUCUGCCGUCGCUGGGGUGUUCCUCUUAUUGACGGCGGCACUGUCCGCCUUCAAGCUAUUGUUGGCCUCGGCCGCGCAAUGGAUAUGAUUCUAACUGGCCGAGGAGUGGGCGCGGAAGAGGCGUACACGAUGGGUCUUGUCAACCGUGUUGUCCCCAAAGGUAAGGCUCUUGAGGAGGCAACCAAUAUCGCACGGCAACUCGUGAAUUUCCCCCAGGGCUGCAUGAACGCCGAUCGAGAGUCGUGCUACUAUGCCGUCUAUAAUGCGGGAUCAUUCGAAGAUGCGUUGAGUUUCGAAUACGAUAAUGGAAUUAAAGUUAUAGAUUCUGAGAGUUUGAAAGGGGCUACUCGGUUCAGCGCUGGUGCCGGCCGACAUGGCAAGUUCGAUGAAGUGCCCUGGGAGCGACCAUAA